UGUUCAAUGCNCGACUCUUCAAGGUUUUCUUGUGAAACAGGAGAUUGUGCCUCUGGCUCUAGAGACUGCAAUGGCGCUGGAGGAAUUCCACCAGCUACGUUAGCUGAAUUCACAUUGGCACCAAACGGAGGCUUAGAUUUCUAUGAUAUCAGCCUUGUGGAUGGCUUCAACUUACCCAUGUCCAUAACUACAAAUGGCGGAACAGGACAGUGUGUGUCCCCCAAAUGCUCUGCAGAUGUGAAUGGAGUUUGCCCAUUACAUUUGCAAGUCAGGACGGCUGAUGGGAUCGUGAUUGGGUGUAAGAGCUCAUGCCUCGCAUCUAACCUCCCAAAGGAUUGUUGCACAGCCGAAUUUAACGACCCAAAAGUAUGUCAACCAAGCGACUCUGCCAAGAUCUUCGAGUCCCAAUGCCCCCAGGCUUAUAGCUAUGCUUAUGACGAUGAAAACAGCACGUUCACAUGCAGCGCUGAACCCAACUAUGAAGUUACCUUUUGCCCAUAAUCAUCCACAAACUAUAUAUAUGUCUAAACUAUUUCUACAAUCAUUUCAAUCAAAUAAAUCACUAAUAAAUGAUGUUCAAUGCUAUUGAAUGAAUAAAAUCCAUCUUAUUUAAUCUU